AUGGGUGAUCUCCCAAAAAAUCUAUUCCCUAAUGAGGCCAGUCCCGACUGGAUGAACAAAGCCGAUAACGCGUGGCAGCUCACCGCAGCGACACUUGUCGGUCUCCAGAGCAUCCCAGGCCUGAUGAUCCUCUACGGUGGAGGAGUAAAGAAGAAGUGGGCCAUCAAUUCAGCUUUCAUGGUCCUCUAUGCAUUUGCCUGCGUUCUUGUCUGUUGGGUUGGGUGGGGCUAUCGAAUGUCGUUUGGGGACGGAAUGCUGCCUUUCUGGGGGAAACCCAUGUUUGCACUUGACCAACAAUAUCUACUGGGAAAGGCAUUCUCAGGGAUGUUUCCAACGGCUACGAUGGUCUUUUUUCAGUUCGUCUUCGCCGCGAUUACUUUGAUCUUGAUCGCUGGGGCCGUACUAGGCCGGAUGAAUUUCUAUGCGUGGAUGCUGUUCGUGCCCUUGUGGUUGACUUUCUCUUACACGUUCGGCGCGUUUAGCCUUUGGUCGCCGAAUGGGUUUCUGUUCAAGGCUGGCGUUAUUGAUUACUCCGGUGGCUACGUCAUCCAUUUGUCGUCGGGUAUCGCAGGGUUCACGGCGGCUUAUUGGGUGGGCCCUCGCCUAACGAAGGAUAGAGAAAGGUUCCCUCCCAACAACAUCCUUUUGAUGUUAGCUGGGGCAGGCCUACUAUGGAUGGGCUGGUCAGGCUUCAACGGCGGGGAUCCGUAUGUGGCCAGCAUCGAUGCCUCCUUAGCCACCCUUAACACGCACGUGUGUGCUGCGACUAGCUUGCUCGUGUGGCUCCUGCUCGACAUCACCUUCUUUGGAAAACCGUCUGUGAUCGGUGCCGUACAAGGCAUGAUCACUGGCCUAGUUUGCAUCACCCCAGCAGCUGGAGUGGUGCAGGGGUGGGCCGCAAUAAUCAUGGGAGUGUGCUCAGGCUCGAUCCCAUGGUUCACCAUGAUGGUGGUCCAUAAGAAAUCCGAGCUCCUCCAAAAGGUGGACGAUACGAUGGCCGUCCUACACACACAUGCAGUGGCUGGUAUGCUCGGAGGCAUCCUUACCGGGCUCUUCGCAGAGCCAAAGCUAAACCGGAUCUUCUUCGGGAGCGAUGGUCAUUACGUGGGCCUCUUCUAUGGGUUCGACAUGAACCGGGUCCGGAUCGGGUUUCAACAAGUGGGCCUCCAGUUACAGGGAAUAGUAUUUAUUGUUUUACUGAAUAUUAUAAGUACGAGUAUCAUAUGCAAUGUGAUACGAUUCAUAGUACCAUUGAGGAUGUCUAAUGAAGAUAUGGAGAUUGGAGAUGAAGCAGUUCAUGGGGAGGAAGCCUAUGCUCUUUGGGAUGAGACACGUGAGGUUUCCAAGUAUGGGAGUUCUAUGUUGGAUGUGGAACAUCCAGCUCCCAAUAAGGUUAGGACUGGCAGGCAGGUUGAAAUGAGAUAGGAGUUUUGUAUGGAGGUAGGAUAUUUCAAGGAACAAUUGCUGGGGAAAAUAAGAUUGUAUU